GUCUUCUAUCGUAAAUUUGUUUUUUGAGUGAACAUAUAGCCUUUCAGUACACUUCAGUGUACGAGAAAGGCAAAAAAAACUACAAAAUAAUUUCCUAAAUUUAAAAAUCCAUUGUAUAUUGUUAAUGUUAAAUGCAGUUUUUGAUGAUUGGCGUUUCGUGUAGACUAAAUGGAGUCUGAUGAAUGCUAUGUACAAAUACAUAUGUCAGUUUCUCCUAUAGUAUGUACCUAGAACAAGUUUUUUUCCAUCCACUGAAGCACGCAGAUGACUACCCUCGUGUAUGGUUAGCUGUCUUCUUCUACCUAUUACGAUGCGCCAACGUAAUGUUUGUACCUAUAUUGGGUAUAUAGUUCGAAACAAAUAUAAAUUGAGCAGUUAUCGUGAUCGUCAUCAUAAGUGCCUACAUCUCGUCGUCGUGAUCUGUUUUGACUACAACUACUUCAAGAAACCUGUAUCCAUCUACAAUGGCUUCAUUCGAUUGGGAUCUAACAUUUCUCAACAAUCUGCCAAAUGCCGUUCUUCGGGAAAUCUUCAGAUAUCUCCCUGUGGAAGAUAGAAAAACGGCCUCGCUGAUAUGCCGCCACUGGGAGCAGGAAGCGUUCUCCGUCGAGCUUCUAGCCGAUGUUAGACUUUGCCUAUCUCAUCACACGCUGAACAACUCGGCGAAAACUCUUUUUGUGCUGUGCAAUAGUUGGCGGAAGUAUCGGAACGUCGUGUUUCGACUGGCCCCUUUUGGCAUGUGCAGUUAUUUCCAGUACACGUUCAUCGUGCAAUUGUUGGAUAUGUUCGGCCAGAUAGAGGAGUUUACUUUGAGAAAAGACUGUUCGGCAGAGCUGCUGAAGGAAUUUUUAAACAGGAUGCCUCGUUUGAAGAGGUUAACGGUCUGCCUGAAGGCUCCGCAGGAAUGCUCAAUUGAGCGGUUGGAGUUUCCAGUUAUGCACAAGCUUCGUGAAAUGGACAUAAGUAUCAGAGAGGAUACCACCCUUAAAAAUCAACAGUUUGAUAUGCUACGCGUGGCGCCGAAUGUACAGCGAUUGCGUUUAUACUUCAGUGAUCCAAUAGAACAUGUUCGAGCAAUGGAGAUGCUGAAGGCUUAUGCGAAUCAACUAAAGAUGCUUGAUUUGAGUGUCUUAUACGCUUGGCUUCCUAUAGAUGAACUGCAACUGGAAAAAUUAGAAAUUCUGAAGCUUCAGGAAGGAUCACGUGAGCUCGAAGUCCAUAGACUGCAUCGUCUGCUGGAAAGGCUGCGCGAGUUGAAGGCAGUUCAUUUGGGUUUCAAAAUAUCUCAAUCCACACUGGAAGUCAUAUCCAGUAGCUGUCCUAAGCUGAACACGCUUGAUAUACGAUCGGAUUAUUUGGAGGUCGGCGCAUUAAAGCAUUUGAAUAAUAUGCCAAACCUACAGAUUUUUAUGGUGAACCGUCUCCACGAAACAUUCUUGGAAGUAUCCGAGCCAGUUAUUGUAGGCAUCAAAGAACUGCGUCUUCUCGUGGGUAGUACCGCAUUGAGUCACCACGCGUACGCGUACAAACUCGUCAAAGUAUUCCCUCAUGUGAGUGGAAUUUGGCUUUCCAAGUUAAGAUUUCGUAUCGUUUCGGCAAACAGUAACCGCAAGUAAACUUGUUAAAACGUACCACGAUCGUUUCCUGAGCUGAAGUAUCCAGUAGAGAUUAAAUGAAUCGUCAAGGAGCACUUAAAUAAAGCAUAAAUUCAAAAAUCAAAAGCAAGAGUUUUUACUUUGAUAAUAUAAUCAAUUAUUCACUUACACUCAUAGUACAAUUAUGGGUCAGUUAAGAAGCAAUCCCAAGUCAGAACACGAUCGCAUAUGAUGUUGGAUAUGAUGCAAAAGUGGAGGCGAUAUACGCACACUUUACACGCCGUUAAAUGAAAGCAGGUAUGCAUAUGACCUCCACUUUAGCAUCCUAUUCAACAUCAUAUAAGACUUUGUGUUAGCUGGGUCAUUUCGAGCUGGAUAUAAAUCGAUUAUCAUACAAAAACAACACUUUCAUUUUUUUUAAAUUAAUAUUCUUAUCUCUGAAACUCAUUUUUAUUGUUUUAUUAAAAAAUCUGCUUGUAAAAUUCACGAUAAGUAGUGAAAAUUACUAAAAAAAGUUGAUAAAUAAUGAAAACUACAAUAAAUGUGGGCUUCGUGGCCGAGCGGUUAGCGGCGUCAGUCGUUUAGGUGUCUCGUAAGCCUCGGAGUGUGGAUUCGAUUCCCGCUUCAGUCGGGGAAGACUUUUCGUCGGACGAAAAAUUCUCCACUGGGCUACUGGGUGUUCUAUGUGUUGUCCGUUGUCAAAUGUUAGUGUAACGUUCAGUCUGUAGAGACCGCAAGGUUGAAGACGGUGUAAUUGUCUUUUACAAUAAUGGGUCAAAAUUGGCUGUGUAACAAUUAUGGGUCAAUUUGUUGGCUAUUAUGGGUCACUCAAAAGGAAUCGGCUUAACAAUCACGUUUUGUCAAUUUUUUCAAUGAAUGAUCACUUAUUCUCGGUAGAUCAUAUGUAGUA